CAGGUUUUGGGGCUUCUGAUUUUCACUGGAACUUGAAGGGUCUCCUGAGCUGAGACAAAAUGUCUCUGACCACAGAGCUGAGAAAACAGUCACCACUGAGAGAGGUGGAGGGGAUCCCCCUGCCAGCUGCAACUGUGGACAACUGGAGUCAGAUCCAAAAAUUUGAGGGCAAGCCAGAUGAUCUCCUCAUCUGUACCUAUCCUAAAUCAGGGACAACAUGGAUUCAGGAAAUUGUGGACAUGAUCGAACAGAAUGGGGACUUGGAGAAAUGUCAGCGAGCAAUCAUUCAACACCGCCACCCUUUCAUUGAGUGGGCUCGGCCACCCCAACCCUCUGGUGUGGAAAAGGCCAAAGCAAUGGCCUCUCCACGGACACUAAGGACUCACCUUCCCACUCAGCUGUUGCCUCCAUCUUUCUGGGAAAACAACUGCAAGUUCCUUUAUGUAGCUCGAAAUGCCAAAGACUGUAUGGUUUCCUACUACCAUUUCCAAAGGAUGAAUCAAACACUUCCUGACCCUGGUACCUGGGAAGAGUACUUUGAAACCUUCACCAGUGGAAGAGUGGCUUGGGGUCCCUGGUAUGACCAUGUGAAAGGAUGGUGGGAAGUAAAAGACAGAUACCAGAUUCUCUUCCUCUUCUAUGAGGACAUAAAAAAGGAUCCAAAGCAAGAAAUUCAGAAGGUGAUGCAGUUCAUGGGAAAGAACCUGGAUGAAACAGUGCUAGAUAGCAUUGUCCAGGAGACAUCAUUUGAGAAAAUGAAAGAAAACCCCAUGACAAAUCGUUCUACAGUUCCCAGAUCUAUCCUUGACCGGUCCAUUUCCCCCUUCAUGAGAAAAGGAACUGUGGGAGACUGGAAAAACCAUUUCACUGUGGCUCAGAAUGAGAUGUUUGAUGAAAUCUAUAGGAAAAAAAUGGAAGGAACCUCAAUAAACUUCUGCAUGGAACUCUAGGCAGGACUUAAAUAAAAAGAUGGGAGACAAGAAUGCAGAAGCUAUCUUCAAUCCUGCAGCCCCAACAAAAAGAAUUUCUAAAUGCACAUUGUAUAGUAGUACCAAAUUUCUCUGUGAUUAUUCACAGCACGUAGCAACUUCAUUUUUUAAAAUGAUCAUGUCUCACACCUAUUUUCUCAACAGUU